CCGCGCCCCGUGCCCGGGAUGCGUCCGGCGGCCGAGAGCCGGCUGCUGCCAGGAGCCGGGGGCAGCCGGGCGGGCACGGGGGCUCCCGCCGCCCCGGCGGCUGGGAUCAGCUCCCGCUGGGCUGCGAUGCGCAGCGGCGGGGCGGGCGCGGCGGGGCCCAGCGGGAGGGCGCCCCGGCGCUGAGGCGGGCGGCGGGCGAAGAGCGGCCGGAGCUCUCCAGGGUGCUGGGCUGCUGCCCGCCCGCGGAGCCCCUCCGAUGCCUCCGACGCCGCCGCUCCCGGGCUCCGCCGCCUCUGCGAGCAGCAUGGCCCGGAUUCGGUACCUCCGCGCCGCUGUCUCGGGGUUUUAUCUGUGGGAAGCUGCGGUCCUGCUCAGCUUGGUAGCCACAAAGGAAACAGACAGUGCAAGAUCUCGUAGCAUGCCAAUGUCGCCAUCCGAUUUCCUGGAUAAGCUAAUGGGGAGGAUGUCAGGCUAUGAUGCAAGGAUCAGACCAAAUUUCAAAGGUCCUCCAGUUAAUGUCACAUGCAACAUAUUUAUAAACAGCUUUGGAUCCAUUGCAGAGACAACCAUGGAUUACCGAGUGAACAUCUUUCUCCGUCAGAAUUGGAAUGAUCCACGCCUUGCAUACAGUGAAUAUCCAGAUGACUCUUUAGAUUUAGAUCCAUCCAUGCUGGAUUCCAUUUGGAAACCUGAUCUGUUCUUUGCUAAUGAAAAAGGUGCCAACUUUCAUGAAGUAACAACAGAUAAUAAGUUGUUGCGGAUUUUCAAGAAUGGAAAUGUACUUUAUUCCAUCAGAUUGACUUUAAUACUUUCCUGUCCGAUGGAUCUCAAAAAUUUUCCAAUGGAUGUGCAAACAUGUAUAAUGCAGCUGGAAAGCUUUGGAUACACAAUGAAUGAUCUCAUUUUUGAGUGGCAAGAAAAGGGAGCAGUUCAAGUAGCAGAAGGUCUCACUCUGCCACAGUUUCUGCUGAAAGAAGAAAAGGAUUUAUGUUACUGCACCAAGCAUUACAACACAGGGAAGUUCACAUGUAUUGAAGUCCGGUUCCACCUGGAGAGGCAGAUGGGUUACUAUCUCAUCCAGAUGUACAUACCCAGCCUCUUGAUCGUGAUUCUCUCCUGGGUGUCAUUUUGGAUCAAUAUGGAUGCAGCUCCAGCCAGAGUGGCUUUAGGCAUAACUACGGUACUGACCAUGACAACACAAAGCUCAGGCUCACGAGCCUCUCUUCCAAAGGUGUCAUACGUCAAAGCCAUUGACAUCUGGAUGGCAGUGUGUCUGCUCUUUGUGUUUUCUGCCCUUCUGGAGUAUGCAGCUGUGAACUUUGUGUCGAGGCAGCAUAAAGAACUCCUGCGGUUCCGACGCAAGAGGAAGAAGAGCAAGUAUUUUGAGGGAGUUCUUGAUGGAAAUGAAAUCAGUGAAUCAUUACAGCAUAGCAAUGGCUUGAGAUGUGCAGGACGUAUAGACGGGACUUUGCCUCAAAUCUACAGUACAAAUUUAAGGGAUGAUGAUACACGUGACAGUCAGUUCAGCAUUACAGCAUACGGAGUGGGCCCAUGUGUGCCAGCAAAAGACGGAAUAACACAAAAGGGGCCAAAUAACCCUGUUCAACCUGUACCAAAAAGCCCUGAUGAGAUGAGAAAGGUAUUCAUUGACCGGGCCAAGAAGAUAGACACAAUAUCCAGAGCUUGUUUCCCAUUAGCCUUUCUGAUUUUCAACAUUUUUUAUUGGGUAAUCUACAAAAUCAUCAGGCAUGAGGACAUUCACCAGUAACAAGACUGAGGCUUGCAGUACAUAAAGAUCUGGCUGUCACACUCAGCAGGAGGCUUUUUGUUAGAAAUGCACAUCAGAGGAGUGAUUGGAAGAGUUAAAAAAAAUGAGGGGAAGAAAAAGGAUCCUGCAUGGCCUGCAAUGACCAGCUACAGUGGAUGGAAGAAUGAAACCCAGAGAAGAUACAUCUGCUAUUGCAAACUUUCCUUGUCAAACUAAAUAUUAACUACUUUUUCAUUGAAAAUCACUCUCUACUGAAGCUUUACUGCCAAGUAUUUAUAUAUAUUGUUACAUAGUGGUAUAAUUGUACAGUACUCUUUGAAUAGUCCUUAAAUUUUUUUAAAUUCUGGUGUAUUUUUAAUUUUAAAAAUGUUUCCCAAAUACCCUAGGUGAAUCCCACAGUAUUACAGAAUGGACUAGUGUUUGUAAGUUUUCUUUUAAUUUCACAAUAUAAUGACAAAUUAUGGAUUGGAGAAAACAGCUUAAAGGACUUGAUCUAGUCUUAAGGACAGUACUGGUGGUUUUGCAGUGAACAUAUUUAACAGUUUUAAGUCAUUUAAUUUAUUCAAUGUAGUUCAUAUUACUGUUCCCCUGGAAGGCGUACGUUGAAAUAAUCUCAGAACAAGUAUACAGCCUAAUAGUCUACACUUCAUAUGAGAAAUAUACUAAAAUUUCUAAAGUAUUGAUUCCUGCAAAGGAUUUUUUUCUUUUAAUUUCCUAUACUUUGAUAAUUUAAGCAUAUUCUUUAAUCUUUUUUUUAUAUUUUAAGGAGUUUUUUUCCUCAAUUCAUAAAACUCAUACAGCUUGUGAAAUAGACAAAUUACAUCAAAAUUUUGCAAUGCUUCAUUUUGAUUCAAUGCAAAGAGAUCUUGGACUGGAAUUGAAAGCAGAGUCAACCAUUUCACUGAAGCAUUUGGAGGAUGAAUACAGUUAUGUUUAUGCACAUUCAUCUCCUACAUAUUACAUAAUUCCAGGAAGUUUAAUUUAUGAAUGUGACAAAUUUUCUGACUCAUUCCUUGAAGUUUGUUAAUGUGACUUAGAUACUGGUUAAGAAGCACUUCACAGCUUUGGAAAAACACACAGCUCUUCUAAAAGAACAAAAAAAAAAAAGACCUGGAUGGUCUUUUACUUUACUGGAUUUCACAUUAAUAAAUGGGAGAACAACUAUUAAAACUCUUAGAUCUUCCCUGUUUGGGUUUAAAUAAGCCAUGUUAGUUGCUUCUUUGAAUUGUAACACCAUAGAACACAUUUAUGGCAUAGUGUCCAGGCAAGAGUAUUUACUUUUGUCAAUCUAUUGGCAAAACAAAACCAUGCUAUCAUGUUGAAAUAUAACAUUUAGUUAUUUAGUUAUUAGAUACUCUAAGUCCAGUCAGUGAGGCUGCUUCUCGUUGCAAAAUAUUUUUAUCUUGGACAUGUUUAAAAUUUGUGCUUCUUUGAUGAUCAGAAUGUGUAUACAAAAGCAGAAUGGGCUGGAGGCGAACAUCUGGUGCACUGCCAAAGGCAUGGUGCAUAUGAAGUAACAGAAGCAAUGUAACUCUGUUCUGGGGCUUGUAACAUAGCAACCUUGGGUUUGGUUUGGUUUGGCUUGUUGUUGUUUUCCUCCCAGGAUUACUUAGAGAGAUUCUAUAAUAGUAGCUCUCAUAUUUUGUUAAAUUGUGUCAGAAAGAACAUAUAUAUAUAUAUAUAUAUACUUCCCUUUUAUUUUAAAACUAUUAUGGUUUUAUAUUUUGUUUCAUUUAAUAAUCUAAAAUUAUUUCAAUUCACUUUUUGCUUUCUUUUUUUUCUAAUAUUGUGUCUGCUUUUUUAUUGGUUUCUUUAUGUGCAUGUUCCAAAAAUCUCGUUCGCUUAUGAAGGUGUGAGGGGAUAUCACAAAUUUAUGACUGAUAUUCACCUCUCUCAAAGUUAGGGUUAGUUAUAUUGUAUGGAAAGAGUUGUUAACAUGUGUCUGUUAACAGCAAAAUCGACUGUAUUUUGUUUAAGGGCUGUUUUCAAAUGCACAUAACAUUUGGCAUGUGAUUCUAUUUUAAUACAAUGGAACCAAGAUCUGAUCUCUCUGGAGCUGAUGGUUUUGUAGACUUUUUUAAUGGAAUCAUAACAUUUACCAAGGUAACAUAAGCCUCUGUAGUCCACUAACGUAUUUUUCAAAAGAAAUAAUAACUUUAAAUUAAGCUUCAUUUAGAUUAUUCCUAAAUUACUUAGUAUAAUGUCACACGGUACAGAAAGAGAGAAAUGUCAUCUGAGAUGAUAAGAAACUUCAAGGCACAAAUGUCUGCUAUUCACCACUGAAAACAGGAACAGCCCAAAACUGCCAGCAGGCAUGCCAGCCCUCUGUGCAAAGCUGGAAUCAACAGCUACUGACAUCAGCUAAGAUUACUGUGGGAUGAUAUUUUUGCAACUGUAUAAUGAAGCAGCAGGAAAUUAUGUUAAGAUGCGAGAAUUGAAAGGUGCUCUGCGGUACUUACCAGACUGCAGCAUUUUUGUUGCCCUCCCAUCAAAGAGAUGGGAAAUGCAGAAAAACACUCAUCACAGAGAUAAUGCUUGAGGUAAAUGGUACUUAGCAGGCUUCCUCCUACACAUAAAAAAGACCCCAAUCAUUUGGCAGAAGUAAUAGCUACCUCACUUAACUAUCACUGGGCCUGGGCUCUGCUGAGAACAAGUCCUUGGCAAGUCACACAAGAAAGCUUCUCAUAAGCACAAUCCCUGUGUGACAGGAUAAUGCAGCUUUGUCCCAAGUCAUCAUUCAACACAGGUGCAGACCCUGUACUUCUCAGGUCAUGUUUUUGUGGACCAGCCCUAUGCUUUGAAAAUUAAAUACUGGCACUAGAAGGACAUUGUAAGACAAUGAGAACAGAGACACUGCAGGAUCUGGAAGAACAGCCCAGUAACAGAGCUACUGAGGAGCUGACACAGUUACCAUGAGGGGAAAAAAGGGAUCAAGCACCCUUAGCACUUUUCCCAGACCUGCCGUGUCUCCAUAGGAACACUUGCUCAGGUGGAAGCAGUAACUGCAGGGGAAAACUAUUUAUAUCAUCUGUUGCAAAGUUUAUGUUGUUUUGUGAUAGUGAUUUCUGCCUGCGCAGAUUGACUUCCACACCAUCCCCUUUCUUGAUAGAAGGAGAAGCAAAACAGUAAGGUACAGGAUGAAAAGUCUGGGCUGUGCAUAGCAGAACAGGAGCCACAGGAAGUGAGAAAGCCCAAAGCAGAGCCUGGAACCUCUUACAUGACUGUCUCUUCAUUCUGCACUAAAGAGAGAUGUGGCUGAACCCGUGUCCCCAUGUCAUCAGAAGGCAAAAAACUUCAGUACCUUGAGAGAGGAGAAGCCCCUUAGAGGUGCAGUAGAAAUAUUCCACUAUCACUGUGCCAAACUCCUACUUAAAUUGCAAACAGCAAAAUUCAUUUUAUUUUUAAAACUAGAUUAAAAUAUCAACACAAUAGGCUCGCAUGGUUAGAGGGAUGUUUUUUUCUCUAUAAUACUGAUAAACAAUGUGAAGAUGUGAGGGAAUUAGGAAUACUAAUAUUGUACUACUUAGAACUCAGCUAUUUUAACACCAAAAUAAAGUAUACUUUACUUUCAAGGACUUUUGACAGCAAGCAGUAUUUAAACAGGUUAGUGUAAUUCAGGAUGAAUAGAGCAUUUACUUAAGAUUUAAUUAUUUUUCAUACAUUAGGUUUCUUUGGAUUCCUUUUCUUAUCGUUCAUUCCAAAAUCUGCUUUAUAAAGAAUCAUUUGUGAUGUGUGAGAGAUGAUUCUGUUUACUCAUAGACAGAAAUAUUUAGGUGAUUAAAUGUGCACUUUAUAUUUAAGGAGUGAGAUAUUGCUUCCACUUUGUGUAUAACCCCUUUCAGAACUGUAGACUGAUAAUGUAGAUAAAGAGAGACUAUAAUAAACUGUACAAAACCUUAUAUUUUUUAACAGUAGGGAAAGAUAAAAAGUCUUCCUUAACCUUAGAAAAAGAAAAAGUAUUAUUUUCAGCAAUAAUUUUAUAGUAGAAGGAAAUUAAUUUAUUUAUACCAUUCCCAGCCCAAGCUGACGUGAUUGGUUGCAAAAGAUACACUUUUCUUCCAGUUUCUACUCUCAUUUGAACUAUCAUAGAAAUUAAUCUAAUCCAACAGAAUAGAAUUUGGUUUUAAAAUGUGAAACUGCUGAAUGAGCUAAUAAUACAUACAGUACCCCUGUGAGGUAGUAAAAUAAAUUUAUCCACAUCUUACUGCACAAUCAUGUGGUUAUUUAGAUGAGUGCAAUAUCAGAUUUCAAAGCUUUUUUCCUUUUCUAAGAAGAAAAACAUAAAUCUCAAACCAGACUACUUGUUAGUAAUAAAAAGGGAUGUUCCGUUUUGGAGUGGUUACAGAAAAGGUGUCUCCAGUAAUUUCUGAAGUACUAUCAGUUUGGAAGGCUUGUGGAAGCAGGUUAGAUGGCUAGAAGCAGUAGAUUAAUGCCAGAAAAAAUGUUGGCUCAUCCUGUCUUCUUGACAUUCUUGAAUAUUACUGCACUUCUUCACUUUCAUCCUUGUGAAAUAUGCAAGAAACAUUUCUUAUGUUUGUAUUUUAAUGUAUGUCAGAGUGAUAUUAACAGAUGAAAUGGACUCAAGUAGCUACUGAUGUUCCAUGAAUGUGGAAUUGUGAGCUGUAUAAAAAGAAAUUGUGCCAUAAGCUUUUGACAUAAAGGUUUAACAUAAUAUAUGGUAUUUUGUGUGUUAGUGAUCCUGGCUUUUUAAAGGCUACAGCAAGAAAAAAAUAAAAAUUUAUAUGAUAGUGUAUUAAUAACUUGUCUGUGAGUUUUCAAAAUAUUCUCCUGUGAGUUCUCUCUGACAGCAAUUUCAUCUCUAAGUACUUCCUUUUUUGUAUAAAUCUAUAAAUGUGUUGUGCAUGGAUUUUAUUAGAUUCCUUUUUAUUGUAUUACAGUAUCAUAUUGCACUUAAACUGACAUUCUCUGCAGUCAGAAGUGUUUAAAAUGUGAAAUUUAUGGUGUCAUCCAUGUCAUUGUAGAUAUUUUGUUCAAAAAAGAAAAUAAACUUAUCU